CAAAUUGUAGUGCAAAACGUGGAGCUUAAAAUGCGCAGCAGGAAGGACAAUUGUGGUUAGCUCGGGUUGUGGCCGUCGGUUCAAUUCCACAUGGUUCGGGUUGGGGUAGCAGUCUUUCCUAAUGGCGGUUUGCAGUCGGGUCCGAUAGAUCCGUUUGUGCGGUUAUGAUUUUUUUUUUUGGGGGGGGGGGGCUCAAAUUGGACUGUUUAUGUGCGUGUGAGAAUGAAAAUAAAAUGCGUGCUAUUGUCAAGCAGAAUGCUUGAUUUAUUAUUUUCAAAUGUUGCUUUUGUAUGUAUCGGCUAUGUGGAGUGGUGAAGACGUUCACUUUUAAUCCCAGCACAUGCGCAAUGAAAUGUCGCAGAUCCAGACGGCUACUAAAGACCGUAUUUAGCGGUUGAGAUAGCUCAAACUAUCCUUCCAUUACACUAAGAACCAGCAGUUGUGAGAUAUGGAAUGUAGAAGCAGAGACCGUAAAAAAUAUAGAAGUCACACGUGGAGAUAUUUCAAUGAAAUAUCUUCCGAAAGUGUGACUUGCAAGCUGUGUGCGGCUGUUCUGAAGCGGACGAGCGGUAGCACAACAUCCAUGUUGAACCAUUUGGAAAGGAUCCAUCAUCUGUCGCUAAGACAUAUCAAAACACAGCGAGAGCUGAUGGCGACCGUUAGAGGUAAGAGUCCUUCGUUGAAGUACAGCAAAAGAGAAGCUGCAAUAAAGGAAGAGAAGACCCUGUCAAAGAAGAGCACACACGAGGAUGAGGAAGAUGAGCCAUGCCCUAAAAGAGGGAUGUCAAAGCAAGAACCCAAUACUUCAGAGAUAGCCUUGACAGAAGGUGGGGCUCCAGAGCAGUUUGAGUUUCAGUAUGGACUUGAGGGACCAACAUUUAAGAAUGAGAAUGGGGAGUCCUCCAAGAGCCAUCUGUCCAUCAUCAAAGUAGAACAACUGGACUCCCUCCUCCCAGACCAAACAGACUCCAGCUGUGGUUCAGGGUCACCUGGGGAUUCGGGGCCUCCUGGCUCGUCUGGUUCUGGGUCCAAUUCUAGUCCGGCUUCACAGUUUUUCAGGAAGUGCCACCAGGCAGGCUGCACACAAUUCAUCUUCUCGGAGUUCGCCUCCCGUCUCAGCACCAUCACUGAGAGGAUCGCAUCCCAGCAGGCCAGCGAGGAAGAUUUCAACCUCACCCUGAAAGUGCUGGAAGCCUCUGGGAUGCUGCCAGACAUCUUUACCAAAAGAGACCAAGAAAUGGAGAAGAGACUGAGGGAGCUACAGAGAGAGACUGUAGCGGUGAGGACAGCCAGGUCUGCCAUGAGAGAUGCUUGCGUCAUGAGCUUUACCUCAUCAUGACGGAGCACCGCUGAAGAUCAAAGCGGUUUUAUAAGGCGUUAUAACCAGGGCCUGGAGUUUCUGACAACUUGACUGAAUCAAAUCAAAUGUAUUUAUAUAGCCCUUUGUACAUCAGCUGAUAUCUCAAAGUGCUGUACAGAAACCCAGCC